AUGCCUGUCGAUUACGCCUCGAAGAUCCAGCAAUAUAAGGUUCCCAAUCUCCCUGAAGCCGGAGCCAACGUGUUCUUUGGCGAUGUUCUCGGGAAUAAGUCAUUGACAGGGUCAUGGUUCUUGCUUGAGGGGCCCUCUGAUUCGACACCGCCCAAAUAUCCUUACGACGAGUCGGGAAUUCUUAUAGAAGGGGAGCUUAGCAUCAAGGAUGAGACUGGCAAGAAGAUCAAUCUGCAGCCAGGGGAUACUUUUUUUGUUCACAACGGCUCUGAGAUCACUUUCUCAACCCCCAAAUUCGCCUUGGCAUAUAAGACUUCCAACCGGCCGGUUUCUAAGUUGUAA